AUGCUUCCUCAGCGGAGGCCCGUGGCGGCAGAGAGCAGUCGGCGGCGGGCGCUGAGCCGUGCUGCGGCGCCGACGCCAGCCGCCCCGCUCGAGGCAGGCCGCAGGCGCACGCGGGCGCUGAGCAGCCCUGGUCGCCGGCUGGAUUCAGGAGGGCCGCCGCCAGUGCAGAGGUCCCGCACGCUGGACCAGAGACGCGGGCUGGCCGCGAGGCUGGUGCUGGAGGGCGCCGCCCGACCGCCGCUGCAGAGCUCAGUGGAAGCUUGCUUGCAGCUGUGCCCCAGCGGGCCACACCUGGCCGACCGGGCCGUCGCCGGCCACGGGGCUGCCGAGGUCGUGGCGGAGAGCGAGAGCAUCGAGAGCAGCGACGUCGAGGAGCCGCCGGCUGCCGCGCGCUCCCGCAGGCGUCUGGAGACGCGCGGGAAGGCUCGGGUCAGGAAGGCGAUCGAGGUGCUGGAGACCACAGAUGCGGGCAAGGACGACGUGAAACUGGGCAUCAGCUACCUCGAGAAGAGGUCGGUGGGCGCAGGCACCUUGGAGACCUACCGCCAGUGCGUGCUCAAAUUCUGCGUCUGGGCCCGCUGCUGCCUCACAGCCCUGCCCGAGCUCAAGGGGCUGGACGGCCAGCUGGUCGAAUAUAUGAACGAAGAGUUUUUGAAGGGCGUCAAGGCCUGGCGGGGCGAGAAGCUGCUCGCUGGGCUGAUGUUCUUCCACCCGGACUUCGGCCGCCUGGGCGGUUUGCAUCUCCCGAGGUCUUUGCGCUGCCUGAAAGGGUGGAAGAAACUUUCACCAUCUCGAUCGCGGAAGCCCUUGGUGUUCGCGAUCUGGGCGGCGCUGGCAGUGGAACUCUGCCGCUUGGGGGCGCCUCUGGUAGGCGCAAUGGUGUUAAUCAUGGUGGAGUGCUACCUUCGGCCGGGGGAGAUGCUGAGCCUCACGAGCGACUCAUUUCUGGCACCGACGGAGCAUGCAGUACAGAACUGGGUCGUAUGGCUGUCUCCAGGAGCUGGGGUGGCUCGGAGCAAGGUGGGGUCAGCAGACGAUACCAUCCCUUGCGACUCAGGACGGUGCCCGUGGAUGUGUCGCAUCUUCAAAGCUCUGAAGGACCGCCAGUCAUCCCGGCCCCUCCUGGAUUUGAGCUACCCGCAGUUCCUGUGCCUCUUCCGGAGAGCGGCCGCGAACAUCGGAGUCGACGUCGCCCCAUGCCAAGGGCUGUCGCGGGCUCCGCUGAGCUCGCAGCUGGCCGCUGCUUCCGCACCGUAUCUGCUGGAUCUUUUCUCUGGUGGAGGCGGGGUUGGAGACUUCGCCAAGCGACUUGGCUUCAACUCAGUUUCUUUGGACCUGCGAAAUGGGGGAGAUCAGGAUGUGUGCAGCGCCAAUAAUCUAGAUGCGAUUCUUGCCCACUUCAAG